UCUCUUCCUAGAUUAAAGAGGAAAAGACGUGACGCCAGCAGUCGCUCCAGCCUCUGUGACUGCUCUCUGCCUCACCGGACACUGAGCUGAGAGUUCAUUCGUUAGUUGUAAUUUGUUUGUUAGUUCCCAUAUAAAAGGGAUCAUUACCUUCAGUCUAAAAAUGAGCAAAGAAUAAUACUGACAAUUCCAGCACUGCCUGGAUCAACCCUGUAGUUUUUAUUUUUUGUAUUUUAAGUACUUAGAUUUUUACAGAGAUUUGGCAUCUAUUAACAAACGGUUGCUUUCGGUUUUCUUACACCUACUAUUGUUGGAAUAGAAGUCUAUUGUUUUCUAAUAGUUUUUCCUGCACAGAGGAUGUUGUUAUCUGUGUGUUUUUUCCUGUAGCUUGUAGAGGAGGUUGUGCUCAAGGUUCAGAAUCAAUGUAAGAGGAGAAAACUGAUGUGAAGAUCUAACGCUCCCUGAAAACACUCUUUACUUUUUCUACUGAUUUUUUUCUAUUCUUCUGGCCGAGGAGGACGCUGGGUUGGCGGAUUUAUUUUUUCCCCCUGGAUGUGACACUUUGAGCCAUGCUGCUGCUGCUGCUGCUGCUGCCGCUGCUCUGCCUGCAAACUUCACUGCAAGAACAGACUCCUGCUCCUGGGCGGUGUGAUAUCUCACAGAGGGUUGAUGUGCACACCUCCUGCACUUCCUGUGCCGCAGCCACCUCCAGCAGCUGCCCUCACGGCUUCAGCCACGUGGGCACGACCAACUGCAGUUAUGUGGUGCAGAUCGGUGGCAGGGAGGUGGAGCUGGGUGGAUGUCAACACAUCUGUGUGAAGGGGUUCAUGGAGCCACGAUGCUGCGCACAGCACUGGGGACCUCUUUGUCUCCCCUGUCCCAGCUGGUCAGGGAAGACCUGUAACUUCCAUGGGACAUGUCUGGAUGGAGACCUCGGCAACGGGACCUGCGUCUGUGAUGAUGGCUUCUCUGGCUUUGCCUGUCAGGAGUGUAAGAAUCAAAACUCUUACGGAGGAAAGUGUGAUAAAGAGUGUGACUGUGUGAAUGGAGUGUGUAAUAAAGGUCCAGAGGGUGAUGGACAGUGUUUGUGUCAGCCCCCGUACACUGGGAAACGCUGCGACCAAGUGAGUACCAAAUGCAGUAACUGCAUCCCCUACUCGUACUGUAAAGGAGAGGGAGACGCCGCCGACUGUGAAUGUUUGCCAGGAUACAGGAGGACACCACAGGGCAAAUGCAUGAGUCUUUGCUCACCAAGGGACUGCGAUGUCAACGCCCAGUGUUCCUCACAGGGGUCAAAGGUUGUCUGUGCCUGUAAGCCUGACUAUGAGGGAGAUGGCAAAAUCUGUGUACCCAGAAACCCUUGCUCCGUGAACAAUGGAGGGUGUCCCAUCAGCUCCACCAUCUGUGUCUUCAAAGGACCCAAUAACUCCAGCUGCGAGUGUAUGUUCGGCAUGUCUCCUAAGGGUGGCAGCGCUGAGUUUGGUUGUGAGCUGGUCUCUGCCUGCUCGGCGGACACCUGUGACCCCACAGCUGCCUGUCAAACUGAAGUGGAUGGACAACCCAGGUGUGUGUGUGAGGCGGGUCAGAUUGGUGAUGGACGUCGUUGUUAUGGUAACCUCAUGGAGCGGCUGAUAGAGCUGGACAGGAGUGGAAGCCAGAGAGAAAAUCUGACUGGAACUGUCGCCAUGUUUGAGAAAGGCUGUAUGCUGCUGCUGAGUCACAAUGGACCCUUCACAGCUUUCAUCCCCCUGCUGAAAACACCUCUGACAGGUGUUAAUGAGGAGCUGUUGUGUAAAAACCACCUGAUCCUGGGUCAACACCUCUACAAGGAUCUGGAGGGACAAGACUUCAACCUGUACAGCGGAGCCAGGUUCAGGAGCAAAGGCAACAAGAGGUUCAUCCUGAUGGAGAACCCCAGCAGACUGUACACUGUCAUUCAGGAAGACCUGCCAGCAGCCAAUGGGAUCAUCCACAUCAUCGACCGGCCAAUCACAAACACACUUUCUGAAAGGCCUCUUCGUGAUGAACAGUUUGCUGAUAAGACUAUCGCAGAGAUUCUGACUCUGGAUGAAAAGUACAACCGCUUCCUGUCUCUGGUUGAUAACUGUGGGUCACCCCCUCCACUGCGAGGUCCGGGACCCCUGACUGUGUUCAUCCCCACCAACCAGGCCGUGGACAAAGCCAGAGACGGCAGCAUCUUGUACAUGCUGCACGACGCCAAACAUAAACUUCAGGAACUCCUCAGACACCAUGUUUUCUCCCAGGCUGUGCUGACGGUUGACGAGUUAGCCAAUCUCCGUCAGAUUCAGACGAUGGCCAAUCAGAUUGUCUCCAUCACUGUGUCCGAUGAUGGUGAGAUUCUAUUGGGUGAGAAGGGCCUCCAUCUGACGAGCACCAACAUUGUGGCGUCCAACGGGAUCAUCCAUAUGAUUGAUGGGCUUCUGUACCCGCCCUCAAUCCUCCCCAUCCUGCCUCACCGCUGUGAUGUCAUCGAAAGCAAGAUCGUCGUGGGUCCAUGUGUUCACUGCAAUUACCUGUAUGAGACUGAGUGCCCAGAGGGAACCACUGAAAUGGACACUCAUCAGCGUGGCUGUGAUUACGUCACAUCUCCUCUCAGGCCGACACUCAGUACAGGCUGCGCCAAAUUCUGCAACGCCACCAAAACGGUAGCACAGUGUUGUAAAGGUUUCUACGGUCCGGACUGUAAACCCUGUAUUGGAGGAUUCCAGCAUCCCUGCUACGACAAAGGAACGUGUUUUGACGGUAUCCAUGGGAACGGCUCGUGCAGCUGUCAGCCAGGCCUUAAGGGUGCUGCCUGCCACAUCUGUGAGGAUCCAUCCAAGCACGGAGACAAGUGUGAUGAAGAGUGUCACUGUGUCCAUGGCGUGUGCGAUAACCGUCCGCGCAGCGGUGGUGUUUGUCGGAGAGGAUCCUGUGUGGAGGGAUACUCCGGAGACAAUUGCGACAGGACUGCCACGCCCUGCAACUCUGAUGGACUGCAGGAACACUGUCACAUCCACGCAUACUGCACACAGACAGGACUGCACACUAUGUGUGUGUGUAGGGAUGGAUAUGAGGGUGAUGGUCACUCCUGUUCUGCCAUCAACCUCUGCCUGAAGAGCAACCGAGGAGGCUGCGACACCAACGCAGAGUGUGUGCAUUUGGGCCCAGGUAACGCGUCAUGUGUGUGUAAUGAGGGUUGGGCAGGUGACGGCAAAGUGUGCGUGGAGAUCAACAACUGUCAGCUGGAGAGUCGAGGAGGCUGCAGCCCCGACGCCAACUGUAAUCACAUCGGACCUGGACAGAGUGAGUGUGUUUGUAAAACAGGUUACAUGGGGAACGGUAUCGUAUGUGACCUUAUUAACCCCUGCCUCAAGAGAAAUGGAGGCUGCCAUGACCUGGCAAAGUGUGAGCUCUCUAAGGAGGGUGGAGCUCACACCUGUACCUGUCCUGACGGCUACGCUGGAGACGGAAUCAUCUGCUACGGAUCAAUACUGGAGGAGCUGGACAUGAACCCAAAGCUGUACAGUUUCUACCGACUGACUCAGAAGUACAGUCACUUCUCUGAGGAGCUGAAUGGGAACUUCACACUGUUAGUUCCAUCCAGAGAAGCUCUGAGGAACAUGAGUUCAGCUGAGGACAUGUUUUGGACCAGCCGACAUCACCUGCCUCACUUCCUGCGGGCCCACUUCCUUCUGGGUAUCUACUCUGUAGAAGAUCUGGACAGACUGGUGGGCACCAAGCUGCCCACCCUGAACCCCCCCACCUACUGGGAAAUCAGCAACAGCAGCGGGGUGAUCCACAUUGAAAACGCCUCCAUCCUCACUCGCAACCUGCCUGCAAUCAAUGGCUACAUCCACAUCAUAGACAAGAUUCUGGCCCCCUCCCGCUCAGACCUCCCCCCCGACCCCCCGACUCUGAUGGCUGUCCUGAACUCCUCUUCGACUUUCACUCUGUUCAGACAGUACGCUCUGAUGUACAAUCUGACAGAGGAUCUGGGUGUGUUUGAUUUCACCCUCUUGCUGCCAACAGAUGAUGCCAUCAGGCAGCACCUCAGCGGGACUAACUCCUCCCUCUUGAACUCUGAUGUGUUCAAGUACCAUGUGAUUCUCAAUGAGCUGCUCUUCCCUGACCACCUGAGUGACGGCCUCUUGAAGAGCACACUGCUGGGCAGUGACUACCAGGUCCAGUUCCACCUAAACGACAAAAACCAGACAGUUGUGAACGAUGUUCCUCUUGACGGCAGUUUCACUGAGACGCAGAACGGUGUCAUCAUAGGCCUCCCUCAGGUCCUCAAAGUCCGCCGCAACAGAUGCAGCCAACAGAUAACCCUGCAGGUCAAUGGAAGGUGUACAGACUGUGAAGGACCGCCUCGAUGCCUGUUCAGCUACAAACCAAUCAGGCAACAGUUUCCGGCUAGAAUGCGAUCCAACUGUAAAUACAGGAAGCGAGUCGGAUCCAGGAGGAAGUCAGUGCCAGGCUGUGUCAUCAAAUGUCUACGGUUAACCACGGAUCACUCCUGUUGCCCCGGUUACUACGGCCACGAGUGCUUCAAAUGCCCCGGAGAUGUCGGCAGCUGGUGCUCCAAUCACGGGGAGUGUCAGGAUGGUAACCAUGGUAACGGGGAGUGCCGUUGCUUUGAGGGUUUCCACGGCACCGCGUGUGAGGACUGUGAGCCAGGACGAUAUGGCGUCAACUGCUCCUCCAAGUGUGUGUGUGACCACGGGAAGUGUGAGGAUGGUCUGGCAGGAAGUGGCAAGUGUGUGUGUUAUAAAGGUUGGAAAGGAGCUUCCUGCUCUGUAGAGAUCAAGGACGAUGCCUGUGGAGGUGUUUGUGACGAGAACGCCAACUGUAUAACAGGACCAAAGGGUACAGCUCCUGCCUGUGUGUGUGCGGCUGGAUAUGAAGGCAAUGGGACUAACUGCAAAGAGCUGGAUUUGUGCAGCAGGUUCAACGGUGGAUGUUCAAGAUUUGCUGUUUGCACAAAGGUCUCAGCAGGAGAGAGGACCUGUACCUGUAGAGAGGGGUACACUGGGGACGGGGUCAUCUGCCUGGAGAUGGACGGCUGUCUGGUCAACAAUGGAGGCUGCCACAAGUCAGCUGAGUGCAUGAGAACAGGCCCCAACAUUACGGCCUGCAGGUGUCUGAUGGGCUUUCAAGGAUCAGGGAGGUACUGCUACCCUGUCAACCCCUGCACAAAUAAUAAUGGCGGCUGCAGUCGGCAUGCUCGCUGUGAGUAUAUGGGUCAGGGUCAGAGGAACUGCACCUGCCUCAGAGGCCAUGUGGGCGAUGGCAUCGAGUGCCGGGGUACCACCAACAAUGAAGUGUUCCGACAAUCAGAGAACUUCUUCUUCCGUCGUAUGUUUUCUACAUCAAGCAUACGUAGUUUAUCUGGUGAAGGACCGUUCACUGUCUUCGUCCCUCUGGAGGAAUCCAACAACGAUUCCACUUGGCAGGAAUGGGAUCAAUUCGGGCGUCUCCCCGACCUGGUUCGUUACCACAUUGUUUCCUGUGAGACUUUGACGCUGAGUGACCUCAAAACCACCAAGCUUGUCGUCUCAACGUCAGGACACACAUUGCACUUCAGCCUGCUGCAGGGUUCAGUCUGGAUCAACAACAGAUCAAGAAUCGUGAAGAGUGAUUACACCACAUCUAACGGAGUCAUUCACCACAUUGACACGAUGUUGACGCCUUACAGGCUGCACAGCAAAUCAAACAUCCAGUCUAACAAGAUGAACCUGACGUCAGCAGCUGUGUUUUAUGGCUACAGCCGCUUCUACAAACUCAUUGAGGAUGCAGGGUUGCUCCCUGAACUCGAGAUGUCCAUCCAUCAGCCGUUCACCAUGUUCUGGCCCACAGACGAGGCCCUCAACUCCCUUUCAGCUGAAAGAAAGCACUGGCUCUCCAGCCCCGAUCACAGAGAGGAAGUGUCCUCCUUGCUGAAGGCUCACAUCAUACGCAGCUCCAGGGUGAUGGGUAUCAGUCAGCCGGAUACAUACACAACCUUCCGCACCAUGCAUGGAUCCACCAUCAAGUACAGCUGUGACAAGACCAUGGUGGGGGCUGUAUUGAUUAAUGAUAACGCAGCCAGGAUAGUGGAGCGUUACCUGAACUUCAAGGAGGGCCUAGCCUAUGGCAUCGACCAGUUACUGGAGCCACCUGGCCUGGGAGCGCUCUGCGACAAUCUGGAGAACAAAACCACUUCUGGGCGCUGUGGAAGCUGCCUCUCCCUUCCACCCUGCCCCUACAGACACAUUGACACGGGAAAGACAGAGCGUUGUUUGAACUUCAGGUCCUCCAGGUAUGGACGUCGCUACUCACCAUGGUAUACUGACUUGGAAGAGCAGUUUAGCCGGAUGGGCUGUAAGAGAGUGUGUCAGUUUCCUUCCUGGGUCCAAAAGUGCUGCAAAAACCACUACGGCCGAGACUGUCAAGUUUGUCCAGGUGGCCUGGAGGCUCCUUGUGGUAACCAUGGAGACUGCGACGAUGGUAUGCGUGGUUCGGGAAAAUGCACUUGCCACAAAGGUUUCAGAGGAGUAGCCUGCGAACUCUGUUUCUCCGGCCGCUUCGGCUCCAACUGCACAGUUUGCAGCUGUGGAAGGCAUGGAAGGUGUGAUGACGGCAUUGAAGGUUCUGGACAGUGUGUCUGUGAGGCGGGAUGGAAGGGUGAUAACUGCCAGAUCGAUAUUGGCUCGAUCCCAGAGGAGUGCCGGGAGUGCCACGAUCAGGCCGACUGUGUGCCAGGUGUUGGUUGUCAGUGUAAAUCUGGGUUUCAGGGGAACGGCACCUUCUGCAGUCCAGAGCCACCUCCAGACCUGUGCUCCGAGUACAACGGUGGCUGCCACCAGAACGCAGACUGUAACCAGACGGGACUGCUUGUCAACUGCAGCUGUCACAGUGGUUACCAAGGAGACGGAUACUCCUGCGAGCCCAUCAACAGGUGCACUGAAGAGGUGAAUGGUGGCUGCAGUGACUUUGCCUCCUGCAAGUUCACUGGUCCAAACGAGCGUCAGUGCGAGUGCCUGCCGGGGUACGUGGGUAAUGGAGUCCAGUGUCUGGAGAAGGUGGUGCCCCCUGUUGACCGCUGCCUGGAAGACAACGGAGGCUGUGACCCCGUGGCCACCUGCAAAGACCUGCAUUACCACGCCAACACAGCCGGAGUGUUCCACCUGCGCUCUCCAGAUGGGAAAUACAAGAUGAACUUCAGUCAGGCCGACGCCGCCUGCCAGGCCGAGGGCGCCGUGCUGGCCAACUUUAAACAGCUGGGAGACGCACAGCAGCUGGGGAUGCAUCUGUGCGUGGCCGGCUGGAUGGAGGGGGGGAAGGUGGGAUACCCAACCCGCUUUCCCUCGGUUAGGUGUGGAGACAACCAUGUGGGCCUGGUUAUCUACAAAGAACCUGUGGACCAGAACAGCAAGUACGACGCCUACUGCUACAGGCUCAAAGAUGUUUCGUGUGUGUGUCCUGCCAGUUACAUAGGAAACGGUGACUUCUGUAACGGCGUCCUAACCAGCGUCCUCGCAACAUACAGCAACUUCUCCAUCUUUUACAAGUUGUUGUUGGACUACAGCGGCCAGUCCUCAGAGGGCAAACAGCUUGUUGAGUUUAUGUCUCACAGGAAGUCUGAGGUGACGCUGUUUGUUCCUCAUAACGCUGGCUUUUCUGCAAAUCAGACUCUGUCUGGUAGAGAUCUGGAGUAUCACAUCUCAGCCAAUCACAGCAGACGACCAUUCAAGGAUCUGAGACACCAGGAAGUCAUCACAUCCAGGCUUGGGUUCAACCUGACUGUUACCCACGGCAACAACGAGAGCCGUAAGCUUGUGAACCGGCGGCUGCUGCUGGAGUGGGACAUUCCUGCUGUGAACGGGAUCAUCCAUGUCAUCGAGGCCCCGCUGACUGCGCCCCCCGAGCCGAUCUCCCAUCAUGCUUCCAGAAGCUACACCCACUCAAGCGGCACAGUGUCGGCCAUCUUGGUGUCGUUGUUGCUGGCGUGUGUGUUGGCUGCACUCGGCUACUACAUCUUCAAACACAAGACGGACGCCUUCCGCUUCCACUACUUCAGAAAUGAGGAUGAGGACGGUGCGGCGGUCGGCAGGAAUAAGCCCACGCUGGUCUCCAUCCCUAACCCCCUGUACAGCGGCUCCAGAGCCUUCAGCGAGCCGUUUGGGGAUCCUGGUCAGGGGUCAGAGCCAGCAGAACCUGAAGAACCUCCAAAGAUUCUGGACCUGGACCAGUAGAACCACUAAAACUGGAGCUGUCUGUUUACAUACCACAACAACCUGUUGGCUUGAACACGGUUCAGCUGUUACUCAGAUCAUCUGUAUCCAAAAAAGAAAUAAAAUAUGUGUAUUUACUUUA